GACACCGCUCCUGUCUCCGGCGAUGUGUGGGCGGGAUAUGCUGCCCCUGUCACCGCCUCCUCGCCGCUGAUUGGCCACCAGAACUGUAGCUCAGGAGAGGCACACAGGCGGCCAAUCACCGGCGAGGAGGUGGAGCUUGGAGAGGAGGAGCCGAGCGGCAGAGCGCGCAGAUCGAAGAAGAUCGAGGGAGAGAAGGAAGACAGCUGACAGGUAAGCUGUAGAUGGGAGAGGGAGAGAGCGAGCCCAGGCUGGAGCAGGGGUCAGCAAGGUAAGUAUCAU